CAGACUUCGACAAAACACCGGCAUGUAUCUUGCCCUGAUCACCGGUGAUCGAUUCUGCGCAGAAUUUGGCCAUCUCGAACAAGCCUAAUGAGAAUGGGUCAACAAGUGGUCGACUUCACGCGGCACUGCGCAGACUGAUCAGCGAAUGACAACAAAGUCCCGCGAGAGUGAUUAGAAAGCACCGCUUGCUCUUUCCGGUGUGCUGACCUCAAGCCUGACCCAAAAUGUACUUCCAUGUACCCUUAUGAACUCGUGCCUAAUGCCCUAUAGGUCUGCACUUCCUGACGUCACCAAGUGUGGACUCGGAGGACGUCCACAAGACCGGAGUGCGCCAUUUAGACCAGGGCCUUGGACGCAGCCAAUGGAGUGCUGGCUACGUAUUUCCGGUAAAAUCUCAGGGGGCAGAAAAGCUUCCGGGUGGUAUUCAAACAUGGCAGACGCAUUCUAUCACAUGUUCUAUAAGUGGUCCGUUAAUUUGUGACUUAGCGAUCGAUAAAGAUUAGUAUUAAUAUAUUUCAUAAUUAUAUCACCAUAUAUUAUUAUAUAUGUUUCAUAUAACAGCAAGUGAUGUUUAAAUUCCUCCGACGCGAGGGUGGGUCAUCCCGGGUUUGUUGUGUCCCGUUUUGUAAAGCUUCGCAAAGGUUUAACUCCGUUGUGAGUUUUCACUCUUUUCCCAAGGACAAGGAAACUCGCAAUGAGUGGAUUCACAGUAUUCGACGUGAGGAUUUGAACAUUACGCCGGAUACCAGAGUGUGUAGCCGUCACUUCAGGAGCGAUGAUGUGAUCGAGUCGUCAACUCCUACGGGACGACGACUUCUGAAGAAGGGGGCUGUGCCAACUUUGUUCCAGUGGAACAACUACUCCGUUUCAACACCGAGACGCACCGGGAUGUUGAGGAUGACGUCACAGAUGUGCUGUAAAUCAGUGGGAACUGAUCUGUCCAUGCUGGAUAUUGAUGAUUUCAUCACAGAAAUCUGUCAGCUGAAGAAAGAGGUGGCGUUACUGGAGGAAAAGCUGAGGACAAGAGGAGAUGAACUCAACACUGAGGUUUGGACACAUUCAACAUCAUUUACUGCUUUUAUACUGUCAUUCAUGUCAAACUAAACCAAAGUGAGACAUCACACAUAUAUUCUAUAUAAAGCUCCAGUGCUGAUGAUGUGUUGUGUGUUUGUCAGAUUGUGGUAAAGGUCGAGUCAAACCCCACAGACGCUCAGGACACUGUGUGUGACAGUAAUCACACCUUGAAUCAGGAUGAAUCUACUGAUCAAACCUCCACAGAGUCUCUGGAUUCUGUCUGUAACGCUGGAGAACAGCAGAUCCUGAACACCAGACCACUCAACAUGUGUUCUGUCACACUGGUGGACUGCAGGAAACUCAUGGAGAUAAAAACUGAACCACAGUGAAGGAAGAACAG